GAGGGGUGGCACUCGACCUCUCGUCCAUCAGCGAAGUCGUUUCGAAUAUAGUCGUGAGAUGUAGUCACGUCGGGGAGGUGGACCUGUCCUCUCUCUCUCUUUCUCUGUGCUCAAUUACGAAACAGUAUUAUAUACCUUUAUCCGCGUGACUGUGACUCCGUGUUUUUCCCUCCAUCCUCGAAACCCAAGUUUCCCGAUCCGUGUCGACUGUCAGCUGAUUGUCAACGAUCAAUAGCGGAUGGCGGACAGGAAUAAUUCACGAAAGUAUCAGCAAUUCUGAUGACGUGCAAUGUCAUAUCGGGGAAUCAUUUUCUCCCGCAGUUUUCCUGAAAGAAUAUAUAAAUAACUAAAGUUGUUGACGAUGAUGAUUAAUACUAGUUAGAAAAAAAUUAUAUAUAUAUAUAUAUAUAUAACUAUAGUAGUAAUCAAUUAACUUGAUAUACAUCAAUGCGGCGAAAUUCCGCAUAGCCGGCGUCAGAAGGCGGUUGCGUGUGAGGAGGCCCGCGAGUAUUUAGUACCGAGAACUAAUAUUUAUUUUCCUGAGUACUCUCUCACACUUUCAUCGAGAUUAUCUCGAGCUUAUCAUAGAGUCACACCCUCGACUGAAUUUUUUAUUUCAACACGAGAUUUGGCCCCGUUCGCGCGCGAAUGGAAAAAAAAACCGGGAACCGAUCGAAAUUUCGUAGCUUUCGCGAAAGAGUUUAAUUUAUUUUCUCAUCGUGCGGGAUUAUGUAACUUUACGCAUACUAUUUUGAUGACCAUGAUGUGAUGCAAAAUAGAAUUUUUUUACACGCAUACAAACGUAUCGUGUCAUGAAUAUUAAUGUAAAUACAUAACAGUACAUAAGAGGCGAUGUAAAAAAGAAAGGAAAAACAGAACGCGUCAUAUAUCACGUUUGUAUUGAAAUGUGAUGAUUGGAAGUCGACUCUAUUACGGGAAAACAAAAGAGAGAUAAAGACGGAAGAACGAAGUUGGGAACGAGCGCUGUGACUCAGAUAUAGCGCAGUUCGAUGAAAAUAGUCGCAAAAAUGAAAAAGAGAUUAUUAUGGUGCGGUUUCGCCUUCGCUGUCGUGCUCCUCAUUCUCAUGAUCUCGACCGAGAACAACAUCAUCCAGAGGAUACCCUUCCUCGACGUGUCGACGAUCAACGAUAUCAGAUGCUACGAUGAAACUUCAGCCGCGGAAGGCAUCCGUGAUUUCGAGCCAGAAACAAGUGUCGACAAACCGACACCAGGAAGAAACAUCUUCUUCCACGAGACUUCCUGCUUCGGCGAGGAGGGUCUGGUGCUAAACGCUCGGCAAGCCUGCGCCGUGGAGUCGGCGGCUCGGAUGAACCCGACGAUGCCGGUGUAUCUGCUGUUCGUCAGCAAAUCCGAGUUCUCCAACGGCACCCGCGAGAUUAUCAGGCACCUGCUCAACUAUCGUAACGUUAAGAUCCGGCACAUCUAUCCGGAGAGAUACGUGAAGGGCACGCCUUUAGAAGCGUGGUACAACAGCGGCAUCCUGAAGAAGAGCCACUGGCCCGUCAGCCACAUGUCUGACAUGCUGCGUUACUUGACCCUGUGGAAGUAUGGCGGUAUAUAUCUCGAUCUCGACGUGGUGGUCACCAGUUCGCUGGAGAAUCUGACGAAUUUCGCCGGCGCAGAGGACUGGGACGAUAUCGCCGCCGGUGUCAUAGGGUUCGACAGAUCGGAACUUGGACGACGCGUGGCCGACGCCUGCGUGCGGGAUCUCAAGAAGAACUUCCGUGGUAAUGUCUGGGGCUACAACGGACCCGGGGUCAUCACGAGGACGUUGCAGAAGCUUUGCUCGACGGUACAUAUACGCGAUAUGACGCCCAGCCGUUGCCGCGGCUUCACGGUAUAUCCGCCAUCGGUGUUCUAUCCGAUUCACUACAAGAAAUGGAAGAAAUAUUUCAACACGGAGGACAGUAACGCAACAUUAAAGAUACUGAGCAAGGCGAAGGCGAUUCACGUGUGGAACAAGUUGAGUAAAGCUGAACAGGUGCGAGUGAACAGUAACGUGCCAUACGCCGUUGUCGCGCGGAAUUAUUGUCCCUACGUAUUCAACAACUGUGAUGAACAAAUGCUGAUACCAAGCAGAUGCAUAUUCUUCCACGAGACCAGUUGUUCACCGCCAAAUUUUACCUCUCUUCAAGCUUGUGCCGUAGAAUCGGCAGCCAGGAACAAUCGUAAUUUGAAUAUCUUCGUGCUCCUUUCCGCGACAGGCCAGUUUUCUGAUAGGUCCCAAGAGUUCGUCGAUAUCUUGCAAACAUACGACAAUGUGUACAUAAGACGAAUACAUUUGUCAAGAUACGUUAUCGAUACGCCGAUAGAAAGUUGGUUUUCGACAAAUAUCCGCAAAUUUUCGGAGAAUCGUGACUGGCUGUAUAAGAACUUUCACGAUUACAUCCGGAUGUUGACAUUGUGGAAGUUUGGCGGCGUGACAUUGAAUCUAAACAGCAUAGUGUUGACAUCUUUGGAUGAGUUGACCACUUUUGUGGGUGUGCGAGAUAAUCGGGAUAAUGAGAUCGGUGUAUUCGGCAUCGAUACGAGCACAAAUUUUGGCAAAAAAUUUGUCAACGCUUGUAUAGAAGUUAUUAAAAAUAUCACCGCGGACAGCUACUCGCGAUAUAAUAUUACAAGAAUUAUAACUGAAGUCCUGAGCAAACUCUGUUAUCAGCAACAAAACAAAGAAUGUCAGCAGUUCACAAUUUAUCCACCUGAGAAAUUCUAUCCUGUAUCUCCUUAUUCACGGAAUGCAGACGAAAUUACGAAGAUGAUGAAGAACGCAAAGACGAUUCAUUUGUUUCAAACAGAUUAUAUUCGGAACAUUGAAGUGAAUGCGGAUGUUGCGACGAUUUAUAAAAUGGCUGCCAUACAAAAUUGCCCAAAAAUAUACGACUCGUAUCCCGGACGAUUGGACGCCCUCGCGAUGGCCAGGCAGAUCUUCAAGGGUCAUACCGAUCAUUACAACGGUGUCACGAUCGACUCGAUCGAGGAGGCCUGCGACAGUAAAAUAUUCGCGCAGCGCCUGAAAGAUUCUUUAGAGCAAUGGACCAAGGAUAAGAAACGUACUGUAUGGUUUCGCGUGCACAUACCAAAUUCAGAAUGGGUUCCGAUAUUAACAGGACAGGGAUUUAUCUUUCAUCAUGCAAAAGAGGGAUAUGUCAUGCUAUAUCGUUGGUUGCCCAAUGAUGAAGAGUGCAAUAUUCCAAAAUAUGCACAUACAUUCUUAGGUGUUGGCGCAUUUGUGUUCAAUCAGGAUACUAAUGAACUUCUUGUUAUUAAAGAAAAGUAUGCUCUCAAUAAAGCCUGGAAGCUACCGGGUGGCUAUGUAGAACCAGGAGAGAAUAUUGAAGAAGCAGCUAAAAGAGAAGUUUUGGAGGAAACGGGAAUUCAGACAGACUUCAAGUGUCUAGUAUCUUUUAGACAUGGACACGAUUACUUAUUUGGAUGCUCAGAUAUAUACAUGAUUGCAUAUCUAACACCACAAAAUUUUGAAAUUCAAGAAUGUAAAAAAGAAAUUCAAGAAUGCAGAUGGAUGAAGCUGACUGAAUUCAUGCAACAUCCGGAAGUACAUUCAAAUAAUAAAACUCUAGCAGAAAAAACAAUAGAUUUUCUGCGACACAAAAUGGGCAUGGUUGUAAAUUAUGGAAUACAUCCUCUCACGAAAAAGCAGAUAUGUGUAUACAGUGUAGAAAACACAGAUGUUGGAACUACAUUCGUAGAAUAAGCUAUGCGAAAAAGAUAAAUAUAUUGUAUAUAUAUAUAUAUAUAUAAAAUAUAUAUAUAUAUAUAAUAAAAUAGAUUUUAAUAACGAUAAUACAGUAAAGAAGCGUUGUUACUGCCAUACGAGCAAACGUACAAAAUAAUAAUUUUAAUAACAUAGCUGAAUACUGUAUAUGUAAUAUUG